AUGUUGGUAGUUUCUGACAUGUGCGUUGGUGCGGUCUCCGACGGUCGCUUGAAGAAGGAGGUGGCAUCGCUAGCCGCCCAGUUCGGCUUCUCACUGGCUCGGCAGAAGAAGCGAGUGGUGGACUACGACUGUGCGCAUCGUCAGCAGACCCUGAAGGCUUCGAAAACGCCUUCAAGUCAACAGGAAAAGCGGUUAGAAGCCAGAUCGCGGAGAAUGGAUCGUCCCGAGCGGUUAGAUGCGGACAAGCUUCGGGCCGUGGCCGCCCGAGUCAGCCGCAGCGAGAGUGGUGUAACUGGCGUGUCCUCGCCGGAGCCUCAAGGAACGGCUGCACGAAGAAGGGCAAGCAUGCAGGCAGGCAGUUCACGAUCUGCAUCAAGCAAAGUCUGCGCAUGA